AUGCAUUCAGGUCUGAAGGUGCGUAAGAUGGAGAGGAUUGGAUGGAGGACAAACUUUGUCAGACAUGCAUGGAGAAGCUCUUUAGUUCGGGAUUUACACAGACACUUCCUGAAGGACGGUAUCUUCUCUCCAGAAACAGUUGGUGGGGCGUUUUUCAUUCACACACACAUUUGGACCCGCGUGGAAAGGUUGAGCGUUAUCGUGAGGUUCGGUGCCCAGACUUUCCACUGUUUGGAAGGGCAGCCGUGUUCAGAGAUGGGACAUGCAUGGAGAAGCUCUUUAGUUCGGGAUUUACACAGACACUUCCUGAAGGACGGUAUCUUCUCUCCAGAAACAGUUGGUGGGGCGUUUUUCAUUCACACACACAUUUGGACCCGCGUGGAAAGGUUGAGCGUUAUCGUGAGGUUCGGUGCCCAGACUUUCCACUGUUUGGAAGGGCAGCCGUGUUCAGAGAUGGGUGAGAAUUCUCAGCUAAACAAACACGAGAAGAGCGUCUGUGAUUCCCGCAGGUCAGCGGGCGGCUGUCAGAUGCCGUAUCUUCACGCUAUGCAAACAGUAGCAGGAGCGGUGCAGGUGAUUGCUCCAGAGGAGAUCAUUGACCCCAGUGUGGACGAGCAGUCAGUCAUGACGUAUCUGUCUCAGUUCCCCAAAUCCAAACUGAAGCCCGGAGCUCCUCUCAAACCCAAACUCAACCCGAAGAAGGCGCGCGCGUACGGCCCAGGCAUCGAGCCGACUGGGAACCGGGUGAUGCGUCCGGCCGUGUUCACAGUGGACACCUUCAGCGCGGGUCAAGGCCAGGUCACUGUCUAUGUUGAAGACCCAGAGGGCCGCAGAGAGGAGGUCAGACCUGUGCUCAAUGAAGGCAAAAAGACCUACAGCGUGACGUACAUCCCUCAGGUCAUGGGACCGCACAAGGUCACUGUGCUUUUCGCUGGACAGCAAAUCAUAAAGAGCCCGUUUGAGGUAGUUGUGGACAAAGCCCAGGGAGACGCCACUAAAGUCACGGCUAAAGGACCCGGACUGGAGCCGCUGGGCAACAUCGCCAACAAACCCACCUUCUUCGACAUCUACACCGCAGGUGCCGGAGUGGGUGAUGUGACGGCUGUCAUCAAAGACCCUCUGGGUAAUAAAAACACCGUGGAGGCCAUCAUGGAAGACAAGGGUGAAAGCGUCUUCCGCUGCACCUACAAACCCAUGCAGGCCGGCCCUCACACCAUCAACAUUACAUUCGGAGGCAUCGCCAUCCCUAAGAGCCCCUUCACCGUCAAUAUCGGCCCAGCGGCUGUUCCCGGAGCGUGUCGAGCCAGCGGUCGAGGUCUGCAGCCCAGAGGGGUGAGAGUGCGUCAGGUGGCUGAUUUUAAGGUGGACACCCGUAACGCUGGCAGUGGAGAUCUGAAGGCCACUGUUAAAGGACCCAAAGGUCUAGAGGAGCCUGUGAAACAGAAGGAUGCUUCAGACGGUGUUUACUCGUAUGAAUACUAUCCACACACACCUGGCAAAUACACCGUCAGCAUCACCUGGGCCGGACAGCACAUUCCCAAGAGUGCUUUCGAGGUUCAGGUGGGCCCUGAGGCCGGGCCGCAGAAGAUCCGAGCGUGGGGUCCGGGUCUGGAGGGCGGCGUUGUGGGAAAAUCUGCAGACUUUGUGGCUGAAUCCAUCGGGACUGAUGUUGGAGUUCUCGGUGAGAUCACGGGAGUCCUCUGA